AUGGCCCCAGCUGUAACUGCCUUGUCCACAGCCUCAGCAGAAAUUGUUACAAAUUCUCUUACCAUUAGUAACCUUGUAGAGGAAGCAUUCUAUAUAGAAAACUUGGAAGAGUUACGAGCUCAACUAGAAGCCCAUGGAAAACUGUACAAAUUCGUACCCGCAAAAAGUAUCAAGCGGAUUUUUGUUGUAUAUUAUAGCACUGCAGAUGCCAAGACUGCAAAGACAUAUUGUGAUAGGAACAUAUUCUUGGGAAAAGCCAUGCGGGUUUACUUUGCCCAGCAUACGACAAUCUAUGACGAUUCCGACAAUUCGAGGCAUCUUAAUGUACCCCAAAUAGAUAGACACUUUCUUAUAUCUCCGCCAUGCUCACCACCACUCGGAUGGACAUCGGUGCCCGAAACUGGUCCGAAUUCAACGACUCUCGCCGAUGACCUCUCUCAUGCAUUUGCGAGAUUAUCACCAAAUAGUCUGAUUCCGAGAGUCAUUGAUGACGAAGAAUUGCACAAUUUCUCUUUGGAUGAUGAUAGCAUGGAAGAAGUAACAAGCGUUGGUGAUAAUAACGUAUGCUGUAACGCAUGUGAGAAUAAUCUAACAGAUAGCGAUAGGAGGAUUAUGGAUCAAUCGCGAGCUCCGGGACUAAUUGUAAUUUCAGCAGAUGACAACUCGGAUAGCGAAGCAACAACGCCGAAAAAUGAUUUAUCCGUUCCUGCAAUAUUAAUUCAGGACUGGGAUACCCCCUUCUCUGUUCCUACGAUCCAACGUUCAAUGGUGUUACCGCAGUCAUCAAAAGCAUCGCUUUCGCCUGCUCUGUUAAAUCAAAAUUCUAUGGUUACACCACGUCCUCGGAUAAUGCCUACUGCACGACCACCCGUAUAUUAG